ACAAAUUCCACGAUCGGUCCAAUCCUUUUAGCCAUUGCCAGAUGUGAGCAAUCUUAUACCUCAUUAGAAUAUCUGAAAACAAAAUUUUUCCGUAGAGAAGACUAUUCAAAUACUGAAGUUGCAAAUUCAAUAACGAAUCUGAUUAGGUCCCCACUAAUGGCCAAUUCUAGUAGCAACGGAGAUCAAAUCGAUUUAGA